AUGGUUGGGCCUUUAACCCCAAGAAGAAAAAAAUACCCUCCUGGACCUAGAUCUAUAAGAGACGUAAAACCAACCCCGAAGCCAAGAUACCGCAUUGAAAACAUUCAACAACUUGAUCGACCUCCAAAUAUUCCUAGUUACCAAAGGUCAAUAAUUCAAGACGUCAAUUUUGGAGUGGUAAGGGGAAAGCCUGUUGAUCCUUUCAAUAAAAAACAACGAGAUGCAAGAAGUAUAUCUCCUCCAUCACCAAGGCCACAAUACCAAAAUACAGAUGUUACCAAAAUUAAAUUUCUUGACGACGAUAACAACAGAUAUGUCAGGCCAAAUAAUUAUCAAUACAGAAGAUCAUCGGACCCCGGAACUCCCCGAAAUCCAAGAAAUAAUAGAAGAGGACCGCCAUCACCAAGACCAAUUCAAUACAGACGGGCAUCUGAUCCAGAAACACCACGAUUGAAUCGUAGACAAAAUAGGCGACCACCACCAUCGCCAAGACAAAGAUCUUUUCAAAGUCUGCCAGAUCGACGUCUUCAUACAGGCUCACAAUUAUCAUCAGAGAGAAGGUUGCAACGAAAACGUGAUCCUAAAAAUAAGAACAGUAGAAAACAAUAUUAUGAUGAUGCCGAUGCAUUGCCUAAUAUCCCAAUGAGACAAACUGGUCCGAAUAACUUUCCACCUAGACCAAUAUUUGUUGAGAAAUCACCAGAAGCAGUGGCUGUUAUACCUACAAGCCAAGCGCGAUUUACACCAGAUAUGAACAGAGUGAGACAAAAAACAUUUGCGUACUCUGAGACUAAACGAAACUUCCCUGUUCAUAUUUAUCGUGACCCAGAUCGGCUUGUAGAAGGUGCUAAAUAUCCUGAUGGUAUUUGCUGUGGCGCUCUUAAUUCCACUUUUCUUAUCACUAUUUGGGGAUUUUUGAAGAUCCUGCAAUUAAUAUGUUGUAUCGUCAUACUGGUAUGUGCUGUUUUGGAAGGUUUGCAAGAGACUGGGAUAUUUUGGGUGAUAUUUGUAGCUGCUCUAGGAAUCAUUGUCAGUCUGGGAACAUUGGUAUUUCAUUUGGCACGAGGUCACCUGAAAGAAAGUCGAUGUGUUUUAUUUACGGAGUUUACGUUGUAUCUGUUUAUGUCGCUAUGUGUCCUUUCGGCGGCCAUUAUAGCAACACUAAAUUCGGAAUUUACUGACACUAUAACAUGUAUAACGAUCGUUGGUUUCAUAGCAACUCUUCUGUUUGGGGUUGAUACAAUCAUCACUGGAUCCUGGAUAGGAGCAAGAACCUACGUUCCUCCAAGUAUGAGACCGGGGCCAAUACGUUAUCCUCCUAACUAUCAACCGAAAGUCUAUUAUCCUAGAGCAAGAAAGGAGGUGAUAUAUGAUUCUCCACAGAUAUUAUUAGAUCCAUGGGAAAAGAAAAUUCAUUAUAAUGAUUACAGACCAUCGCGGUAUAAUUUUAAUCUGAACAAUCCAAGAGAUCCACGCUUACCAGACCGAGUUGACGUCAGAUAUAUUCAAAAUAAACCGAGGUAUCUCAAACCGUUAUAUCGUAGAGAAUAUCGUUUCCCAGAAGAACGUUUUGACUACGAAUAUGACGAUGUACGUACUGCCCCAGUUCGUAGAUACCAACCUCGAGAAGUCAUGGACGGAUUUCGUAGUUUUCCAGAUCAAGAUUUCAGAAGGUAUCAAAGUCUGGUAAUGAAACCCAUCCUGCAUGAGGAUGAUUUACUGUGUGAUGAUAGUAGAACUCAUGUUACUGUGUUCAAUCAUCGAGAAUAUGAUAAGAGACCGUUUCCUAGGCUUUACAAUAAUUAUCGUAGAAGGAAUUGGAGAGUACCCGAAUUUGAUGAUUUUACUAGUGAGAACGAACUUGAUUCUAACAUGCCAUCUCGGGGUUCCAAUGACUUUUCUCUGAAUCCGAAUUAUCAUAAACGACGAGACUAUAGGGUGCCAAAUUUUAAAAAUUAUGAUGAUUGGAGAAUACAAAAGCAUCGUGCUCGCCAAUUAUCAACAAUUCCAGCAAAACCAAGACUUCGUCGAGAACAUUUCUGGUCGGUGGAUUCGAUACCAUCGGAUAGGAAAAGGAGGAGAGAGUACCCAAAUUUUAAAACGUACGAAGAUUGGAAUAUACCUCGAGAUAGAUUUUCUAUAUCUAGUGUUCCCAAUAGAUUCCCAGAGAAAGAUGAUUAUCAAUCAUCAUUCGGACCUUUUGAGUCUAAAGUGGGAGAAAACUUUUCAACGACACCCUUUCCAGAUAGGUCAUUAGUAGAUACUUCAUCGUUGAUACGUCCGUACCGUCCUAAACCUAGGCGUGAUCCAGAUUUACAAGAACAGAAAUCUAUAAAUUCUCGUAAUGAUCCUGUACCGGGUGUUCCAGGUAACAGAUCGAUCGUACAAGAUAGAAUCAGUAAUCGUGAUAGUGACAUUGCUUCUUUGGACGCUAACAGAUCCACCAACUCACAACGGAUGAAGCCAAUUUUCAACAAAGAAAAGGAGCCGAAAGCUAGAAAAUCGGUUGGGAGUGUUUAA